GGUUUAAAGUUUUAACUUUUUACCCUUAUAUUCAGGAAAAUUCCCAAAUCUUGUCGGCGGGAAAGCAGUGGGCUGACUGAGACAUCGCAAGCAAUCGCCGGAAAACGCGGAAGUGGCUGAGAUAUCACAAGUAGUCGCUGGAAAACGCAGAAGAAGUGGCUGAGAUAUCACAAGCAGUCGCCGGAAAACGCAGAAGUACGGUUUCAUUUCUUGAAAUUCACACAACCUAGACAUUUCUUCUUUCUGUGAUUAGGGAUUCUUUUAAAAACAAUCAAAAGUUAAAACAUCUAGCUACAUGUCAUCCUACGAGGAUCCUGUGGUGGUUGACAGUUCUGCUGAAUGUAAUGGAGAUACACCUAGUACCAAUAAAAAUGGACUUCACCUUUAUCCUGUUUCUGCCAAUGAUUCAGGCGAAGGUUUACCAUAUGCUCCUGCAGAUUGGCCAAACCCAGGUGAUAAAUGGGCCUGGAAGGUGGGGAAAAGAAUUGCAUCUGCUGGCUACUUUCUUGAUAGAUAUCUGUAUCUUCCAAACCGUCUUCGUGGAAAGCGAAGUGUUUUCGCAAGUAGGCUUUCGGUUGAACAAUAUGUCAGGUCUGAGUUUCCAAGCACAGAUAUCAAUGAAUUCUUUGCCUCAUUUAGUUGGAAGAUUCCCUCAAAACUAUUAAAAGGUAACUGGUAUGCUGAGCUCACAUCUUCAGGCAUGAAAUCUGAUUCUCACUUAGGAACCAUUAGUUGUAAGGCUGGUAAUAGCUUGUGUGCGAGUGCGAGUUUAAUAGAAGCAGGGAAUCCUAGUCCAGAGACCAUGUUUUGUGACAUUUGUUGCAGUGAGCCUGGUUUUUGCCGAGAUUGUUGUUGUAUUCUUUGUUGUAAAACUAUUAGUUCUGCUUAUGGUGGGUAUAGUUACAUUAGGUGCGAAGCAACAGCUGAUGAUGGUUACAUUUGCGGACACAUAGCCCAUAUAGACUGUGCUCUACGAGCUUAUAUGGCUGGGACAGUUGGAGGAAGCAUCGGUCUGGAUGCGGAGUAUUGUUGUCGGCGCUGUGAUUCAAGAACUGAAUUGGUCUCACAUGUCAUGAAGCUUCUAAAAAUUUGUGGAUCAAUUGAUUCUCGUGAUGACAUCGAGAAGAUUUUGAAUGUUGGCUUUUGCAUUCUACGUGGCUCACGGAAAACAAAUGCAAAACAGUUGCUGCGUCACAUUAAAUCGGCCAUGGCAAAGCUUCAGAAGGGUGCCUGCAUUGGAGAUGUGUUCAAAGAAGUAGAAUUCAUGGACGCCAAUGGAGGAACACCUCAUCAUGGAGAGUCAAUUCUUCGCGAAAGAUCUUCACCACCAAAGAUGACUUCAAAUUUUGACCAUCGAGUUGAAUCCCUUAAGCUUGAGGAUGAAAUUGAUCAAACUCUGCAGGCAUUGAGGAAGUCUCAAAACUUUGAGUACAGACUUGCUGAGGAAAGACUCCUUGUUCAAAAGAACUACAUCAUGAAUCUAUAUGAACAGCUCGACAAGGAAAGAUCUGAUCUAUCAAGCCAUACAACGAUGGUUGAAACAGAUACCUUAGUUGAUGCUGUUCUACAAAGAGUAGACCAAAUAAAGCGAGAAGUAUUGAAACUCAAGGACAUGAAACAGGUACAAAAUGGAUUUGGAAGUACUUCUAAGACAAUACUCAAAGACUACUUUGGUCUAGAAGCAGAAUCUUCUUAAAGCAAAGCUCUGCACUGUAUCUUUACAAAUACAUGUUUGGCAGUCUUAUGCCAAAACUUUGCACAUUGUAUCUGUAAUGUUUGGCAGUUUUAUGCCAAAGCUCCGCACAUUGUAUCUUACAACAAAUAUAUGUCUGGCAGGUCUUAUGCCAAAGUUCUGUUCCGAGCGGAGUAUGUCGUUGUAACUUGUAACUGUCGAAUUAAGUCUUCUAUAUGUGAACAUUUUCAUGAAAUCAGACUUAUCUAGAUUUUUCAGAAGUUGGGAGUGCAAA